CGACGUUGCUCUCUUCUUCGACCUCAUUUCCUAGCCCCUUCUCCCCAGUCCCCAGAAAGCACAGAUCCAUCUCUUCCUAUAUUCAAUGGAUUGUUGUAUCUCAAAGGGUUUCUCACUUCUUCUGAUCUUCUCGCUUCUCUGUAUACAAUCUAGGGCGGGGGCUAGCGGCUCCAUUUUUUUCCUUGAUUCUCCAACUCAUCCGUUUCUUCGGCCUCGUUCUUCUGAUGACGCCAUGAAGGUAGAUUCAGUGUUGCUCCCUGAAGUUGGUGCAGCUGUCUCAGUCUUGCUUGGUUUUGCACCAUCAGCUACGCUUUCAGCUGCUAGUUCAUCUAAGUUAAAUGAGAUUCUCCUGCCUAAUCCAUUUGAAAGGCCUCGUUCUGUUCUUAUGCUAGAAGUCAGGGGAGUUGAAGAUCCUGAAGUUGUGGUUGAACAUGAUAACGCUCUGUUCCGCAGUGCCUUGAAGAGAGAUUUUUUUUAUGGUACUGAUAAAGCAGAAAUUCUACUUCCAGGUGAUGACAAAGUCUCUGUGGUUUCUUUGGAUGAACGCUUAAGCUUUGAUUCAGACACAAAUUGCACCGACAAAGAAAUUAGUGAUUUUGCAUCUUGGAUGGGUGGAUUAUAUGUUGCUAACGCCCUAAAGCCAUUGAAUGGCGAGUUGACCAUCCCCCUAGCUGGUGGUGCCAAUUUGAAUCUUCAUAUGUCUAAGAAAGCAGACAGAGAAUUUAUAGCUAGUCUUCUGUCUCUUAUCCACAAUAUAAAGAGGGUAAUAGAGAUGCGUCAAGAUUUAUCUGGAAGUAUGCAGAGUGCAGCUGAGCUAUUGACAGGUUGUUUUGAUGGCAUUAAGGUUCUAGAUGAGCAAUAUGGACCUAGUGGUGUUGCUCAGCAAGGAGUGGAGCUGCUGCUUACUACAUUAUCAAAGAUGUUUGGUUCAUUGCAGGUGGCAUACAAAGGUCAAAUUGUUGGAGUUAUUUCCUUUACUGGGACACCUCCAUCAUCUGAAAAAAUGUUGAAUGUGAUGUUUACUUCUCAGCCAUCUGCACGAUGGCUGGCAGAAACGGAAGAUUCUCCUGAUUUGACUGCAAUCAUGAAAAUAGCAUUGGUUAGAAAGACCCUUGCUUGGAUAACGGGAAUCAUUCUAGUCGCUUCGACUCUUUUAGGGAUCUACUUUCUUCUGAAUAUGCCACUGACGAGGGACACCCUGUUGUAUUCUAAUGUCAAGCUUGACUAAGAAUUAAUCGGAGCAUUUAUCGUAUCUUUCAAAUACCCUGGCUACCUUUGAAGGUUCUGAUUGUCAGACAUUUGUAGAUGUGCAUUCCCUAUUUGCUGUUUACAUUUUUAUUCUUCUGUGGUAUUCAACAGGUUGCUCUUGAUUCUUAGAUGCUACUCUUUUAGGCAUUAGUAGAUGGAGAAGGUUCUGGGAGCUAGCCACUAGAGAGUGGGAGAGGAGGAAAGUUGUGAUACUAAAGUGAUUCUGUUAUGAUGUGUAUUUGGUGGUUUUAUGUUUGAUUUCGCACUCUUUUGGAUUUCUAAGAUUCUGAAUAAUGAAAGAUUCAGGGAUUCCAAACCUUUUUUCUCCCUUGCUUGGAGGAAGAAUUGAAUCUGGCUUGAGUCAAGGCAUUUUUUUCAUAUUGUGUAUAUGCGUCUCUUUAUACUAAUAAAAAUACGUUGCACCUUAA